AUGUCCACUAUGAUGAACCUUCCCCCCGAGGUCUACGAGACCUACUCGGUCAGUGCAACAGAGGCGCUUGGUUUGAAAGAAGACACGGAAAUAGCGAAAGGCGGUUCUUGCCAAGUCGUUGUAGCUACAGAUGUAAACGACCCAGGCAAGAAAAAGGCUUUGAAAAGACUCAUGUUUCUUGAGGGUGAGCGCAAUUACCGUAAGAAGCAUUUCUAUUUCUGCAAUGAGAUUCGAUUUCUCCAAAACGUACAACACCCCAACAUCAUCCAAGUUGAUAAAGCGCUCUCAUGUCCAGGAGAAUUUGUCAUAGCGAUGGAAUACCACCCCACGGACCUCUUUGAAGCAAUGACUUGUCUCACGGACGCUGAGGUCACCAAGUACUUUACUCAGGUCGUCGACGCCUUGCUAUAUCUCCACGACCGGCACAUCGUUCACGGAGACGUCAAGCUUGAAAACGUGUUGAUAGACAUGCAAGGAAACGCUAAAUUAUGCGACUUCGGUCACGCUCAGCUCAUUCCCAACAAGAGUUGUAAACGUUGGGGCGGGACUCCCGAAUACCACGCUCCUGAGUACAGCAAAGGUCAACCUGUGGAGGAUGCCUUUAAACUCGAAAGCUUCUCGCUGGGAGUCUUUGUCUGUGCCUUGUCACUCUACGAAUACCCAGUCAAAGACUUGGACUACCUGGAGUUAUUGAGAGGUGCCGAGUCUGUGCCAGACAUUCACAGAGUAUGCGCUGAACGCCUCCUGUGUCCCUCACCGGCAGAGCGAGCCUCGAUCUCGGAAAUUCAUCAACGACUCAACGAUCACAGGCGGCCAGAGAAUCAUACCCUGCGUGACGUCAUCGACGAGUCUCCCGCCCCUGUGUCUGCGCCAAAACGUCGUAAAUGCUCUCACAUCAAGGAAGAAUACAGAAAUCUGCAUUCUAGAGGGAAAGUGCUGAAGAAACUGAAAACCAAAAUCGUGUGUUGA